UUAUGGACUGUUUUCCGAAGUGUUUCCCAGCAUACUGAGAGAAGGAUUCGUGAAUUUCUUUUGAUUUUUAUUUAAAUUUAUGUAACUUUCUGUGAUACUGUUGAUAUAAUAUUCUAAGGACACUCCUGCAGGACCAUUGCAAUGCCAGGAUCAAGGAAGAUCAUUCUGAAGCACGUCAUGUCGGGACUGUGCACAAAAAUGAAUCGCAUAAAGCAGCUACCCUCUGACGUCAUGGAGACUCCUCUCAAUCGAUGUUUGAACACCUUCGAUAUAACCCUACUAGGCGUCGGUCACAUGGUAGGCGCCGGCAUCUACGUAUUAACCGGCGCCGUGGCGCGCGACGUCGCUGGACCUGCCAUUGUCCUGUCUUUCGCACUGGCAGCGUCGGCGUGUCUCCUGUCGGCGCUAUGCUACGCCGAAUUCGGCGCCCGGGUGCCCAAAGCGGGCUCCGCGUACGUCUACACAUAUCUCAGCAUCGGAGAGUUCUGGGCGUUCGUCAUCGGCUGGAAUAUCCUGCUCGAGCACAUGAUAGGUGCCGCUUCUGUAGCCAGGGCGUGGAGCGGCUACGUCGACUCCUUGUUUGGCGGCGCUAUAAGCGACGCCACCGUCGCGGUGACGGGCGAGAUGCACGAGCGCCUCCUCAGCCGCUAUCCCGAUUUCCUCGCCUUCGCCGUCUGCCUCGUCUACGCCCUUCUGUUGAGUGUGGGCGUGAAGGUUUCGGCUGUCGUCAACGGCGUGCUGACGGUCGUCAAUUUAGCCGUCAUGGGACUGGUUAUUGUCGUCGGGUUCUAUUAUGCCGACGAGAAGAAUUGGACUGACGUCAAAGGCGGCUUCUUCCCCUACGGCUUCGGCGGCGUCAUAGCAGGCGCCGCGACGUGUUUCUACGCCUUCGUCGGUUUCGACAGCAUUGCGACCUCUGGCGAGGAGGCGAAGAACCCCUCGUUCUCCAUACCGAUGGCGACCGCCCUCUCGAUGGGCGUCGUCACUUUGGGCUACAUCCUCGUCAGCAGUGCGCUCACCCUCUUGCUGCCGUACUACCAGAUCAAUCCCGAGGCGGCGUUGCCGGAGGCGUUCACCAACGUUGGCCAACAUUGGGUCAAGUAUGUGGUUUCGCUAGGUGCAAUCUGCGGUAUGACUACGACCCUAUUCGGCUCGCUGUUCUCCUUGCCCAGAUGCAUGUAUGCAAUGGCGGUAGACGGCUUGCUGUUCAGCUUUUUGGGAAACGUCAAUUCCAAGACACAGCUGCCGCUUGCCAAUCUGGCAAUUUCCGGACUAUUUUCGGCAACGAUAGCACUGAUUUUCGAUCUGGAGAAGCUGGUAGAAUUCAUGUCGAUAGGGACACUGCUGGCCUACACGAUCGUCAGUGCUUCUGUUAUAAUACUGAGGUACAGGCCCAGCUUCGAAACGACGGCCUCCAAACCGGUUCUGACCCCCGGAUCCGAACAAUCCAGCACCGCUUCCGACUGCAGCCCCAUCUCGGAAAUCGGCAACCUAGCCGGUACGCUGAAGGUGCAGUACGGCUGGCUGACCCCCGUUUUCGGCCGACGCGAACCGGGGACCGUCGUCACUGCCGCCGUGUUCGUCUACACGACUUGCGCUUGCGCUCUGUGCGUGAUGUUCCAAGUAGUCGAUCGCGACAUGAGCCAAGGCAUGUGGUGGACGGUGUUGUUGGCCGUUAUUUUCAUCUUCAUCAUGGCAACAUGUAUGCUCAUCAUAAAUGCCCAUCAUCAGAGUAACACCGGAUUGAGGUUCAAGGUACCCAUGGUGCCUUUCAUACCGGCCCUAAGUAUACUAUGUAACAUCGAAUUUAUGGUCCAUCUGAACAUCUUGACUUGGUUGAGAUUCUUCGUCUGGAUGAUUUUAGGAAUGUUAGUAUACUUCCUUUACGGAAUCCAUCACAGCAAAGAAGGAGAGAGCAAUUCCACCUACUCCAUCUUGAUGACUUCUUCGGAGGCUGUCAAAGAGAAAUGGGGCUCCACCAAAACGAGCAUCAAGAGUGCCUUAGCGAAAAGGAGAUCUAGUGAUAGAACUGCCAUAGUGGAAGACGAAUAUGAAUAGAAUUCUAAAUUAGAGAUGUACGACUUAAAACACGAAACACUGAAUG